AUGAGUGUCAACGAGUACUACCUCAAGUUUGUUUCUUUGGCCAAGUAUGCUCCGCAUAUGGUCUCCGAUGUAAGGGAUAGAGUUAGGCGAUUUGUGUUGGGACUUAUACCCGACUUUUUUGGUGAUACUAAUACCGCUGCUCAAAACAAAGACAUGACCAUUACCAAGGUGGUUGCUUUUGUACAAGGUAACAAGGACAGAAUGAAGAAAGAAGAGGCACUGCAGAAACAUAGAGACGUGGAAUUCAAUAAGAGGGCGAAGGACUGUCCAUUAGCGAGUCAGGAUGCUGGAGGUAGUGUGGCUCAGUCCACAAAUUCAGCAGCUCCUCAGAAUGCUCAAGCUCAGUCAAGGCGUGGUGCUGCUAAGUCUUGUAACAUAGGCGGAGGUCAGAAUUGCUUAUAUGCACUAGCAGGUCAUCCGGAUAUAGAGGCACGCACAACUGUUGUCACAGGUAUAUUAACAGUUUUCACCUUUGAUGUUUAUGCCCAUAUUGACCCAAGAUCCACCUUAUCAUAUGUAACCUCUUUUGUUGCUAAUAAAUUUGGGAUAGAAAUAGAAAAGUUGCAUGAACCCUUUGAAGUGUCCACUCCAGUUGGAGAGUCAGUUAUAGCUAGGUGCAUUUAUAGAGGUUAUAGAACUAAAAUAGUAAGCUUUGAGUUUCCUAAUGAACCAGUCAUAGAAUGGAAGGGCAAUUCAGUAGUACCUCGGGGUAGGUUUAUUUCUUAUCUCAAAUCUAGAAAAAUGGAUUCCAAGGGGUAUAUUUAUCACUUAGUCCGAGUCAAAGAUACAAAUACCCAGACCCCAACUCUCCAGUUACCAGUCGUUAAUGAGUUUCCAGAAGUUUUCCCAGAAGAUCUCCCCAGAGUUCCUCCCGAUGGGGAGAUAGACUUUGGAAUUGAUCUACUUCCCAGCGCCGAGCUGAUAUCUAUUCUGCCAUACAGAAUGGCUCCAGCAGAGUUGAAAGAGUUAAAAUCCAGUUGA